AUUGGUAUUCCCCGAGGGACGGAAAUAUUCUCGUCAUAAUGACGUCUGGCAUACGGGCUAUACGCCGAUACGCCACAACAAAAACACAACACAGUCUACUAGGAAUUAGGAUACUAAGAUUUAUAAUAAAUUUAAUGGUCUUAGGUUACAGUGCAGUGUGUAACACAGAACACUACAUUUACGUAUUAGUGUAUUACGUAUGUGGUGUGUUAGAGGCGUUUCUUAUAUAGUUAUAUUAUUAUUGCUAAAAAUUAUAUAUUGAUCGAUAUUGCAUCGUCAAUUGUAUGUUUAUUACGACUUACGAGUGUUAAUUAAUCGAUUUUAAUCAUGUUUUCAAUCUUUAAUUUUAAAAACAAAAUUAAACAAAAUACAUCAACAAAAAAUUUGGACGAUACUGUCGAAACUCAUAGUGAUGAAUCAAAAGCAAAGAAAAUAUGUAACCAUGAACAGAACGAUGGACAUAAUGAUGAUGAUGAAAACAUUCAACUAAAAAAUAAUGUUUUAAAUUUGAAUAUACAGUCUGUUGAUUUGGGUGAUAUUGAUUCGGGCCCAAAGCAACCUAAACUUCAAAUAUUUCCACUAACAAAAUUUGGACCUCAAAAUAGAAGUUUUAAUGCUAAACACUAUAGUGAAUUUGAAUGGUUAGAAUAUAGUGUGUCUCGUGAUGCUGUUUUUUGUUUUAAUUGUAUUCAUUUUGCAAAGAAUGUAAAAACUGACAAUUUAAUUACAACUGGAUACAACAAUUGGAGAAAAGUAUGUUUUUUGUUUGGAUAUUUAUUUCUAUAAAUUAAAAAUAAUUAUUAUUUAGUGAUCAUA